AUGAACGAGCCUCAGCUGAAAGGAAUUGUGACAAGGCUGUACAGCAGACAUGGGUAUUUCCUUCAGAUUCAUCCUGAUGGCACCAUUGAUGGAACAAGAGAUGAGAAUAGCACUUUCUCACUCUUCAACUUAAUACCUGUUGGACUUCGGAUAGUCGCUAUACAGAGCAACAAAACAGGCUUGUAUCUAGCCAUGAACAGUGAGGGUUAUCUGUACACAUCAGAACACUUCACACCAGAGAGCAAGUUUAAGGAAUCAGUGUUUGAGAAUUAUUAUGUCAUGUACUCAUCCAUAUUGUACCGCCAGCGAGAAUCAGGGCGAUCAUGGUUCCUUGGUAUCGACAGAGAAGGGAAGACAAUGAAAGGAAACAGAGUAAAGAAAACAAAAGCUGCAGGGCACUUUUUACCAAAACUUAUGGAAGUUGCCAUGUACAAGGAGCCAUCCCUUCAUGACAUUGGAAACUCACCUCCUAGGAAAUCAGCAAAAAGAGUGAAUAUGCCUAUCUCAAGCAAUGACAAAAAAGAGGCAGCUAAGGGUGGAAGCACGUAGCUGAAGGAAAAGAAAGACUGACUAUAUUACCAGUUUGACACUAAAGUAUAAGGGCUGGAACUUUCCUUGACACUGGGGGGAAGGGGUAGAAAAAUUUGGGGGGAUCUUAGUAUUACAGUGGGGUUUGGCUAAUCCUAUAUGGGAAAAAUCCUCAAGUCUCUGAAUCCAGAAGUGCAAUUUUCUUGCCUGAGGAGUAGCAGCCCUAUUACAGAGUGAGGACCUGUUACCACCAGCAUGACGCUAAUAAACAAAAGACUGCAGGAAAGAUGGACAAAAUAGCCACCAUUUGGACAAGCACCUCCCAGUGCCCACACAAUAAAGAAGAGGAAUAUAUGUUUACUUUUCCCAAGUCCUGCAAAGCUAAUGUGCCAUCUCCAUUUUAACACAGAAUAAUAUUUUAUAACAAACUGUGGCAAAUAUUUUUGACAUUUGAGCUGUUAAAACAAGUCCGACCUUAACAGUUUUAAUUAUGUCAGUCUCUUACUUUUUUGUAGAAUGCUUUCUGGAAUGCAAGUCUUCCAACAUGAUCUUUCUCCUGAAAGAAAGCAGUGCAGCAGGAUAUGGAAUGUGCAAAACAUGUCAAUGCAAAGGACUGCAUCUGAGGGGUGAGGUUGUGAAAUCAAAUACAUGAAUUAUGGCAAAUACUAAGUGGUCAAACAUGGGGAAAGGGGCUGUAAAAGGUUCAUACUUUUAUCAAAAUGGAGGACACCGGUUCUAUCAGGGGACUACAGCAUACAUUCUACCCAUUUUUGGAGAGAUGUUGAGAUGAAGUGGGGGGAAAAUGUAGGAAUGCUAUAUGCAUCUAGGUUUUAUCUGGAGCCCUUCUAAUUCUUGGGGGCAAAACUUUUCCAGUACCUACAAAGGCACAAUGAAAGUUUGUUUAGAAAAGAAGGUACACUAUUUCAGAAAUAAAAACUUCCAAGGAGUGUUCUUGGAGCACAAAAAUUAAUUCAAACACUUAGGGUUACAGCGUUGUCAUUUGGGAUUUAUGGAAUUAUAACCUAGCUCUUACUGUCCUUAGCCAUUAUUUCCAUCUUGGAGGUACUGAAAGGAUGUAAAAAGACAUCUUGAAUCAUGUAAUUCCUAGUAGAAAAUGUCACAUUUAUGGUCACAUACAUGAAAGAAAACCUCGUAUGUUUUUCUCAGUUUUAACUACUCCCUCCAUUUGUAGGUCUAAACCAAAUGAUGUUAAUAUACUUUACUUAGUGAUAAUCAUAUCAUCAAAACUCUGUUCUUGCAUAAUUUCCAGCUGUUAGGACCACCUAGACGGUAUAGCUAUGCAUGACAACAAGUCCAAUAUUUCAGGAGCAUGCCACGUAGUUUACAUGUGUACUGGUGUUCACUCAAGCCAUGGAGGAGUGUAACAGAAACUGAUUAGAAAGGCAAAUAAAAAUGCUUCAUGCUGGUACCUGCACAGAAUCAAGUCUCAGCUAUGUACAGCAUCAGCUCUUAUAAAUCUAGUUUGACAAAAAUGAAUACUACCUUUACAGUAUUCUUGGCAAAAGUGAGACAAGGUAAAUGGACUAUAUAACCUAAAACUACCAUCAUACUAAGGAAUAUGGCAUUGUUCCAUAUGCCUAAAUGCACCAUUGUAAUAGGGAAUGUAAGUGGCCCCUUUCAGAAACCCUCUUGGUACUGGAUAAUGUGAGGAUGUCCUAAUAUCCAGAAAGACAUCACUGCUAGGAAUGUGAUAGUGUCUCAUAUGCUCCAAACCUCCAUGGCAGUAGGAAAUUUUACAGAGCCCAAAUGACUGGAAACACUGAAAUACAAUAAUACUUAGCAAUUUGGCCCAGAUGUCCAGAAAUACCAUUUUCAAAGGGAAUCUGGUAGUGCCCUAAAUGCUCAGGAUUAUUUUAGUACUGUUGAAUCUGACAAUAUCUCAGACACAUAGGAAGUGCAUAUUAACUAAUUUUAUAUAAUUUAGGUGCCCAGGAACACUGUGAUAUCAGAAGACUGACAGUGUCCCAUUAGCAAUGUUGUGAUACAAACUAGCAGCAUGAUAAACGUAGAGGAACACUGUGAUUCUUGGAAAUUGUUAGUAUUUCAAAUACACAGGAACACUGUGAUGCUAGAAAAUAGAUAUUACUCAGAAUGCAUGGUAAUACUGUGUACUAGGAAAUGCUGAGAAUCACAGGAAUAAUCUGGUGCUAAGGAAUCUGAUGGGAAUUCAAAUGCCCAGAUACAGCAUAUCAUUACAUGGAGAGGUAUAAAAACAUUAGAAAAGGCAAGUGAGAAUAGUUGUUGGAAAGGAUGACAUGGGGAGAAGACAGAAAUGGUGAGAGAUACAGCAGGAAAUCUAAUAGCAUCCUAGUCACAUAGUUGCAAGGCAGCAGGAAAUCUAACAAUAUUACAGAUGCCCAGGAAUACUGUGGUACUAGUGAAAUGGCAAUAUCUUAAUUACACAGCCAGAGUGUAUCACACAAAAACAUUAUGGCAUUUGGGAACUGAGAGGUUCCUAGAUACACAGCAACACUGACUCUACGGAACUAACAGUAUCCUAGGCAGAAAGGAGCAGUGUGACACUAAGAGAACCAAUGGUGUCCUAGGUAGGGAGAAAUAUAGUGACAGAAUGGAACCAAACACAUCCUUGAAGGAGAGGAACAAUUCAAGACUAGGGAUGUGUCCUAGUGUGGUACUAGCAAAACAUCCAUGCCCUAGGUACACAUAAGCAGUGCAAUAGUAGGGAACCAACAACGCCCUAGACAGACAGGAACAGUGUAGUACAUGCCAGUCACUGGGAAAAAGACAUUGUCUUAGACACACAGGAACAUUGUGGCACAUGCCAGUCACUAGGAAACAGACACUGUCCUAGACACACAGGGGCAGUGUGGAACAUGCCAGUCACUAGGAAACAGACACUGCCUUAGACACAUAAGAACAAUGAGCCAGUAAGUUGAUUACUUUAGACCUGCCGGAAUACUACUGUGCUCUGUAACAGACUGUAUCCCAGAUGCACAGAAUAGUGUUCUUUUAUGGAAGUGGUGUGCCUCUGAUACAUAGGAAAACUGUGGUGCUAGGGAAUUAUCUGUGCUCCAGACCCACAGGAAACCUCUGCACUGAUGGAGCUGCAGCAUCCCAGUGCUCUGGACAUUGAGAACUGGCAGUGCUACAGCACAUGGGAGUAGUGUCCUAUUAUGAAAUGACAGACUCCAGAUACCUAAGAAUACUCUGGUGCUACAGAACUGACCAUAUUCCAGACAGAUGAAUGUGGUCAUGUUAGGCAACUAACAAUGCUCCAGCUGAACAGAAAUAGUGUGGUUCUGGGGAGAAAAAGCAGCAUUAAAAAGGCUUAGACCACUAUGGCAGUUUGAAACUAACAUUGUUCCCUAUAUACAAAAAUAGCAAACCUAGUGCCAUGGCGUAGACUUUAAAGCCCCAUACCUCUCAACUUUUUAUGGCAAGAAAUCUGGACAAAGCUAUA